ACACUAGUUCUGACCUAAUCUACAUUGCACGACGCUGAAGCAUGAGCAGCGAAGGGUCUAUUGACAUCCGCGCAAAGGGUAGCGCUCGCGAAGCCACCGUCUCACUGCGCCAGAACGAGCUGAUUCGGAAUCUGCGCGCCCUGGUGGCCGUGCGCUUCGAACACGCUAUUCCUCGGAUCAUACUUGUCUUCGCUGGUCAGGUGCUAAGCGAUGAGGGGACCAUAGACAGCAAGGGCAUCGUCUCUGGAGUCACUGUGCACGUGGUUUGUCGUGCCGAAGGUCCUGGCUGUGCAUUACCGACGUCGAACCCGGUCACUAAGCCCCUGAAGUCUGGCGAACGCCUUAUGAGGUCGUGGAAGUCAGCAAACAUUGCCUACCUUCACGAUGAGCCCGGUGUGCUUCGAAGCCUGUUGCAGUCCGAUCCGCGCAUACGGAGCCUGCUCGAGGAGAACGCGACGAUGCGCCACUAUCUAAACAGCGACCAGAACCUGCGCGAGAUGCUCUCGUUGGCCUUUAGUCCGGCCAAGCAGGAAUUGGGACGCCGCCGCGACCUCCACAUAUCGCGCAUGGAGUUUGUGCCCGGCGGCUAUAAGGUGCUGAGCCGCCUAAACUAUUGUAUGCUCCAGGCCUACGAGGACAACGUGGCCAUGUCCUUUCAGCAAGCAUCACAAGGUGAUAAACAAUGCACGAACCCCCAACGAGGUCGCGAAGUAAAGGACCCGCUUCCAAACCCUUGGCGCCGGUCGUCCAGCACCUCGGACUUAAGGCAAAUGGGCGUUCUGGCCAGACGCAUCCUCGCAGGACGGGUCUCCGUGACCCAAAGUGAAAGUUACACUAAGGGCAUUCCGGAAAGCAACUCGAUGCAGGAUCUAAGCUGUGGAGCAGUAGAAACUGGACCCCAGAUCAAGCGCGGUGACUUUCUUUCGUGGGAACAGGGUCGAUUUCAACACUGCUAUCAGGCCCAGUUGGAUCAGCUGGUUCAGAUGGGUUACAGAAACCGCAAUCGGAACAAACGCGCCCUGCUGAUCUCUCUGGGCAACGUUGACAGCGCUGUCAGACUACUGGACCACUGGGAUCGGUCUAUGGAAGAAUAAGUUCCAUUCGAAAUACUUUUGUUAUGUUUUGUUUUGGCCAAAAGUCGGUGACUAUGCAUCCCAAUUAAAUCUGCAGAAAAAAAUACUUAAGUCCUUAGAAAUACAUUAGAGGCGACAUAAGCCAACAGUGUCUUUUGAUCACAGUAUUAUCCUACUAGGCUAUGAUACUGUUAAUACUAUGCUCAAAAGUUUCGAUACGUGAAUUAUCCGAAUCCUGUUUUCCAGAGACCGAAAAUAAGUUCUUUUUAUACCCGUUACUCGAAGGGUAAAAGGGUGUACUAGAUUCAUCGGAAAAUAUGUAACAGGCAAAAGAAAGCGUUUCCGACCCCUAUAAGUUAUAUAUUAUCUUGAUCAGGAGGUGUUUGUGGGCGUUAGAGUGCUGAAAUAAAGUUGCGCUGCGCAAGAACCUCCAGAAUCUGAAUGCCGAGUCCCAACUUUCUAGCUUUUAUAGUUUUCAUGGAAAGUAAGGAAUCAUCGUAAGUCCCAACCCUCUAGCUCUUAGAGUUUCCAAAAUCACAGCGCUUAAAUGGACAGAUGUACAUACAUACAUGACUAGAUCGACUUUAUAGGAUGGAAAAUGCAUGCUUCCACCUGUUACAUACUUUUCGACAAUUAGUAUGCCCUUUUACUCUACGAGCAACGGGUUUGAAAUGUAAGUCGAUUAAAUUAAUUGUAAGCUUUAAUGUUCAUUAUUGCCAGCCAGGGCGUGUAAAUUCCCGAUUCACCGGCCAAUCAAUUUCGAAAUGGACAGAUGACAUCAUAUUCUGUGGCGCAGAAGAAAAAUCCAUAAUGUGAAGCGACAAGAUGGAGCCGCGAUUCAUGUUUAUGGCCGCACAGUUCAGUUGGCACGGAGCUUUUUUAAUUUAUGUAAACCCAGAGAAAACUAGAGUAAUGUCUCAAUAUGCCCGGCUGCUUUGCAUAAUCCCCAUCAAAAUGUAAGUUCGUGUCGUAUUAGCAUAGAUAAGUCAUUGGUGAACUAGCGUGUAUCUGCUGCUAAAAAAUGUCGAGAAAGAGGCACCAGAAAUGGCUCAAAAGCCACCCCAAAACACUUGGGAAUCGAGUUGACACCUAAAUUCAUUGCGACCAAAGUGAAAUAGAGUUCACUGACACUACCUGUCCGUUUCCUGUCGUCCGCUUGCUCUGUGGCUUAGCAAAAAAGAAUUUUGGACAAACACCCCAGGACGUGCUUGCCUUGUACUACCAGCAGCGGGGGAGUUAUCGUGGCGUUAUUAAGGACGUAGAGGUAACCACUUCGAAUCCCUAGAAGUUAUCGAUUGGCAUGGCUCAUUUCCGAGAUGUUGCUUUUGUUUCUACCCAAGCAAGCACGCUCGAUGGCUUAUUUAAAUGGGACUCGCAUGUAGCGGUCCAAAGUGCUGGCUCCUAACGCGCCAACCAAUCUACCACAACUCUCACUUAUGUGCGUAUGCAUGUAUACGUGGUGUACACAUACCACACAGGUGUAAGU